CGCUCGACUCCACCCCUCCGGCAGACGAAGGCAUGGCGAGCACCGAGGCAAGAAGGGAGUGUGAGACAGAGGGCUGCAGCGAGGACGCUAAACUCCAGUGUCCCACAUGUAUCAAGCUUGGCAUUCAAGGCUCCUAUUUCUGUUCCCAGGAAUGCUUCAAAGGGAGCUGGGUGUCUCACAAGCUGCUGCACAAAAAAGCAAAGGAGGACAAGAACCAGAAUGAAUCCAAGAACUGUGUGGAGAAGGACAUCAACACGGACCCGUGGCCCGGCUACCGCUACACGGGGAAACUACACCCCCACUACCCACUGACUCCCAUGAGGCUCGUGCCCAGCGACAUCCAAAGACCCGACUACGCUGAUCACCCCAGAGGCAUAUCCGAGUCGGAGCAGUUUCUGAAGGGGACGUCGCAGAUCAAGAUCCUUUGUCCCGAGGACAUCGAGGGCAUGCGGGUAGUGUGCAACCUGGCACGAGAAGUCCUGGACCUCGCAGCCGAGCUGGUGAAGGUGGGCGUCACAACAGAAGAGAUCGACCACGCCGUGCACCUGGCCUGCAUAGCCAGGAACUGCUACCCCUCCCCUCUCAACUACUACAACUUCCCCAAAUCCUGCUGCACGUCCGUCAAUGAAGUCAUCUGCCACGGCAUCCCCGACAGACGGCCAUUAGAAGAAGGCGACAUCCUCAACGUGGACAUCACCGUCUACCACAACGGUUUCCAUGGUGACCUCAACGAAACCUUCUACAUCGGCGAGGUGGAUGAAGAGACGAAGAAGCUGGUUCAAACCACAUACGAAUGCCUUAUGCAAUCCAUCGACUCUGUGAAGCCGGGCGUCCGCUACAGAGAGCUGGGUAACAUCAUUCAGAAGCACGCGCAGGCCAACGGCUUCUCUGUGGUGCGGAGCUACUGCGGCCACGGCAUCCACAGGCUCUUCCACACCGCUCCCAACGUGCCACAUUAUGCCAAAAACAAAGCGGUUGGAGUAAUGAAGCCCGGCCACGUGUUCACCAUCGAGCCCAUGAUAUGUGAAGGUGGCUGGCAAGACGAGACGUGGCCCGACGGCUGGACGGCGGUGACCCGGGACGGGAAGCGCUCGGCACAGUUCGAACACACCCUGCUGGUGACGGAGACCGGCUGCGAGAUCCUCACCCGCCGCCUGGAGGACAACGGCCGCGCCCACUUCCUCAACCAAAUGUAGGCGGGACUGGACCGCAACGAGGACGGGACUCUCCAGACAUUGUCCCCCCCACCCACCCACCCGGCACCUCCUGGGCCUCACGCACACACCUCAAUGAAGAGGCUCCACCCCCCUUGAGCUCAGUUCAACUGCGGCUCUCAUUGUUCUUUGAAUUAAAUAUCGGUUCCUCAAAUGUAAUGGAAGUACUUGAAUGUGUCUUAUAUUACCGUGGAUCGCUUUGUUAGUGAAAACUGUAUCUGAAGGAAGGACCCAUGAACGUAUUCAUGAGACUGCGUGCUUGUGUGUUUUGCUCAGGGCAAAUCAAACUAAUGUGCCGUGCUUUGCGUCUUUUCUCUCAACCUCUUGUCGACUUCAUCACAAUUCAUACGAGUCUCCCAGAGACGGAUCAAAAAGCAUCGGCAAUACUGAAGAAAAAGGGAGGGUUCCAGAAGCCGGGUCAACGAGUCUCACGGCCCCGACGACUCAAACACAGAAACAGCAGCGGGGAGACGGGUUCUUCAGUUGGCUUCGGGUUACAGACGGACAAGAGAUUAGACCUGUUAGCAAAUACACCCCUAGAUGGACGAUGCCACGCUCCCUUUUACCUGCAGCCAGGAGAGAGUUAGCUUAGCAUGAAGAUUACACUUUAAGGGGAAACGGCCGCCACGAGUAUUAAAAGCGCAAUAAGAAACACGCAGACAACAACACUCCAUUGUUCCUUUCAAAAAGUGAAACACAAUUUGUAAACGCGACUUGCCGCUCUGAGCUUGUUGGUCCCGCUUCCAGGACGUCUCCCUCGGCCUCGCCACGUUUCCCACAGCCCCGGUGUAGCAAAUUGAGCCUUAACGUAUGAAUCUAUAAAUCCGGAUAUCUCGAGGCAGGUUAGCCGACGUCCAACGCGCCUCAGAGGACUGAUGUGAUCACCGUUUCUCUGCCAUCUUUGUAUUCCUUCUAAUGGAGUAAUAAAUGACUCUUCUGUA